AUGGAUCCUUUUAGGAAAGAAGCUGAGUGUUUGUUAUGCAUUCUCCUCUUCUCCCACCAUGAUGUCUCUCCACCUCCUAACAUCCAUGAUGUCUCUCCACCUCCUAACAUCCAUGAUGUCUCUCCACCUCCUAACAUCCAUGAUGUCUCUCCACCUCCUAACAUCCAUGAUGUCUCUCCACCUCCUAACAUCCAUGAUGUCUCUCCACCUCCUAACAUCCAUGAUGUCUCUCCACCUCCUAACAUCCAUGAUGUCUCUCCACCUCCUAACAUCCAUGAUGUCUCUCCACCUCCUAACAUCCAUGACGUCUCUCCACCUCCUAACAUCCAUGAUGUCUCUCCACCUCCUAACAUCCAUGACGUCUCUCCACCUCCUAACAUCCAUGAUGUCUCUCCACCUCCUAACAUCCAUGAUGUCUCUCCACCUCCUAACAUCCAUGAUGUCUCUCCACCUCCUAACAUCCAUGACGUCUCUCCACCUCCUAACAUCCAUGAUGUCUCUCCACCUCCUAACAUCCAUGAUGUCUCUCCACCUCCUAACAUCCAUGAUGUCUCUCCACCUCCUAACAUCCAUGAUGUCUCUCCACCUCCUAACAUCCAUGAUGUCUCUCCACCUCCUAACAUCCAUGAUGUCUCUCCACCUCCUAACAUCCAUGAUGUCUCUCCACCUCCUAACAUCCAUGAUGUCUCUCCACCUCCUAACAUCCAUGAUGUCUCUCCACCUCCUAACAUCCAUGAUGUCUCUCCACCUCCUAACAUCCAUGACGUCUCUCCACCUCCUAACAUCCAUGAUGUCUCUCCACCUCCUAACAUCCAUGAUGUCUCUCCACCUCCUAACAUCCAUGACGUCUCUCCACCUCCUAACAUCCAUGACGUCUCUCCACCUCCUAACAUCCAUGACGUCUCUCCACCUCCUAACAUCCAUGACGUCUCUCCACCUCCUAACAUCCAUGACGUCUCUCCACCUCCUAACAUCCAUGACGUCUCUCCACCUCCUAACAUCCAUGACGUCUCUCCACCUCCUAACAUCCAUGAUGUCUCUCCACCUCCUAACAUCCAUGACGUCUCUCCACCUCCUAACAUCCAUGACGUCUCUCCACCUCCUAACAUCCAUGACGUCUCUCCACCUCCUAACAUCCAUGACGUCUCUCCACCUCCUAACAUCCAUGACGUCUCUCCACCUCCUAACAUCCAUGACGUCUCUCCACCUCCUAACAUCCAUGACGUCUCUCCACCUCCUAACAUCCAUGACGUCUCUCCACCUCCUAACAUCCAUGACGUCUCUCCACCUCCUAACAUCCAUGACGUCUCUCCACCUCCUAACAUCCAUGACGUCUCUCCACCUCCUAACAUCCAUGACGUCUCUCCACCUCCUAACAUCCAUGACGUCUCUCCACCUCCUAACAUCCAUGAUGUCUCUCCACCUCCUAACAUCCAUGAUGUCUCUCCACCUCCUAACAUCCAUGAUGUCUCUCCACCUCCUAACAUCCAUGAUGUCUCUCCACCUCCUAACAUCCAUGAUGUCUCUCCACCUCCUAACAUCCAUGAUGUCUCUCCACCUCCUAACAUCCAUGAUGUCUCUCCACCUCCUAACAUCCAUGAUGUCUCUCCACCUCCUAACAUCCAUGAUGUCUCUCCACCUCCUAACAUCCAUGAUGUCUCUCCACCUCCUAACAUCCAUGAUGUCUCUCCACCUCCUAACAUCCAUGAUGUCUCUCCACCUCCUAACAUCCAUGAUGUCUCUCCACCUCCUAACAUCCAUGAUGUCUCUCCACCUCCUAACAUCCAUGAUGUCUCUCCACCUCCUAACAUCCAUGAUGUCUCUCCACCUCCUAACAUCCAUGACGUCUCUCCACCUCCUAACAUCCAUGAUGUCUCUCCACCUCCUAACAUCCAUGACGUCUCUCCACCUCCUAACAUCCAUGACGUCUCUCCACCUCCUAACAUCCAUGAUGUCUCUCCACCUCCUAACAUCCAUGACGUCUCUCCACCUCCUAACAUCCAUGAUGUCUCUCCACCUCCUAACAUCGAUGAUGUCUCUCCACCUCCUAACAUCGAUGACGUCUCUCCACCUCCUAACAUCCAUGACGUCUCUCCACCUCCUAACAUCCAUGACGUCUCUCCACCUCCUAACAUCCAUGACGUCUCUCCACCUCCUAACAUCCAUGAUGUCUCUCCACCUCCUAACAUCGAUGACGUCUCUCCACCUCCUAACAUCCAUGACGUCUCUCCACCUCCUAACAUCCAUGACGUCUCUCCACCUCCUAACAUCCAUGACGUCUCUCCACCUCCUAACAUCCAUGAUGUCUCUCCACCUCCUAACAUCCAUGAUGUCUCUCCACCUCCUAACAUCCAUGACGUCUCUCCACCUCCUAACAUCCAUGACGUCUCUCCACCUCCUAACAUCGAUGACAACCAGAGCAAGUCUCCUCUCUUCAGUGCUUCUGAGAUGGCAGAGUGA